UGCUAUUUGGGAUCUCUGUUUUCUUUGUUCUAGGUCCUCAUUUUAACGGUUCCUAAUAUCUACCAAAAUUAUUCUCAAUGAGUGAGCUUUCUGCAUUUACUAAUUUUAGGAUUAUAGAUUGUCUAAAAGAGACGUGUUUAGUUUCAAUAGCCAUAUUCCCAUGUCUAGUACAGUGAAUUAAAUGUUAAGGUUAUAGUUUCCUCACCAGUGAGGAUAGAGAAAAUCUCACUUUGUGCAACCUCGGAUGACGGUCUUGCCUACUGGUGAGUACUCUAUAUUCAGGAUCAGGCGGAACCCUCGACAUCCCAGAAGUUUAUAUCCACCCGGACAUAUUUAACACGCCCGCGGUGACAAAAACGUUCAUUGGUCGUUCAACAGUUUACAAUUUCUCCAUGCGUUUGUCGAGCCCACUAUUUGUUCAGACCGUUCACACUAACAACCUGUUUAAUAUUGUUAAUCUUUAGUUGUCUCUCCGCUGUCUGCACGCGGCGGCAGUUUAUUUGGAAGAUGUCUCGUGCGGGUUUGAGCUGCCCGGGCUGCGGCUCCUCAAACGUUGUAGACGAUAAUCUGUACUGUCAGAGCCAGCUGGUGUGUGUGGACUGCGGCUCUGUGGUGUCCGAAGGAGCUCUGGUCGCCGCCGAUGACCACGUCGGAGGUUCAGAUGUCAGCUACAGCCGAUCCACCGCUGUGGCCAAAAAGCCGUGUAUGAACCUAAUAAAAGGUAUACAGCGUGUGAAAGCCAUAUGUCGGAUUCUCAGGGUCAACAGUGGGAUUGAGGAUCUCUCGCAGACUUAUUACAACCUAGCCUAUCAGCAUGAAAGUUUCAUCAGAGUGAGCCUCCAGAAGAAAGAGGUUCUCGCUGGUUGCUGUGUGCUUGUAUGCUGCAGACUGCUAAAUUGGCCCAUAACCAUGGGAACCAUCAGCUGUCUGCUGGAUGCCGACCCAAUGGUGGUGGGAAUGGUUUACCAAGAGAUGGUCAAGAUUCUCAACAUUGAGCCUCCGAUCAUCAAUGUCACAGAAGUGAUGGAGGCCCACAGUCUGGAGUACAAAAUAACCUCACUUCACGUUCCUGAAGAAUAUGCCGAAAGCUCUAAGGACUUGACUAAACGUGCCGUGUCCCUGGUGGAGCUGGCAGCAGAUUCCUGGAUAGUGACUGGCCGUAAGCCCAUCCCCAUCAUGAUGGCUGCGAUCUAUCUGUCCUGGCAGUCCUUAAAACCCAACAAGCAUCGCCUGAAAUGCUCUCUGGAAAAAUUCUGUCAGAUUGCCAAAGUGAAUAAGCACAGGCCUGCUUCCAAGAGAAUAACUGAGAUGAAGAAGGUGCUGUGUAAGCUCGGUAAUGAGAUUCCCUGGGUCAGGGAAGCGGUGACGCCAGACAAUGUUGUUCGGCAGGUGGAGGAUAUUCUAAAGCACAGGUACGCCCUGCUUAGGAGGGCUCUGAGAACCCACGAGGAAGCUCUGCUGGUAGAGUGUCAAGCCAGCUGUGAGGACUCUCUAACUGAGGAGGCUGCCCCCACCCAAAGCUCUGCGCUUGUAGAGCAGAAUCCAAAUGCAUCCUCUGUGGAACAAUGUGAACUGAAUGCUGAAAGGGCCCAGCGACCAGGAGGUGGAGAUGAUAAUCCAUGCACAGUGUCUGAGCUGCACACUGACAUCCAGGAGAGCCAAUAUCCAACCCCAAACUGGGGGAAGAGAGUGCUGUUUGCUCCCCCGUGUGUGACUCAUCCUAGGAAGAAAAGGAGAGUGGAGCAGCCUGAGCUCAAGGAUGUAACCGGUGACGAGGAAAUCUCUGACAGUGAAAUUGACUCCUACAUCCGCACUCCUCGGGAAGCUCGAGAGUUUACUCUGACACAGCAGCUGUUUUAUGAGAGUGAGAAGUCCUAACCGGACUAUUCCAAUAAAGAUGCAGGUAUUUCUAAUUUCUAUAAGAUUUGGUUCAUUAAGGAGGUUGAUGAUUUUGGACACACCACAUGAUGUGCAAUCAGUGAAAAGUGCAGUAUGAUGAUCUCCACUUUACAAACUGUGAAAUGCUUUUCUUUUAAAGGAAAUAUGAGAAUAAAUAAAAAUUUUCCACACCACA